AGAAUAAAAAGAAAGAGUAGUAGGGAAAGGAAAGGUUGUUCAAAGCCAACACCACAGCUUCAUCAAAAGAUGGAUAUUGUACAUUCAUGGCUGCCUCCAGCAGCUUUUCUGCAGAGCCAAACAUAUUUUGAAGGUCCUUGAACAUGGCCUUCGACAUUUUGUCCAUCUUCUGGGUCAUUUGAAUUAUUUGUUUCGGUGGUGGUGUUGACACUAAAAAAAUUUACACAAAUUAAAGGGUGAUUUUGGAGAAUGCCGACGCCAGUGUGCUCAUUGCAUCAGGAACCUUAGGACUUGAUAGCUGGACAUUUGUGGUCAGCUGGUGGCCAGUCUGGGGGCCACUACGACUACCUUGGUUGCUGCUGACUCUGUUGUCUCUUGGCUGGAGCAAAUUUCCACUGGAACUUCAAUGGUUCUGUGGGCGUCUCUGGUGUACAUUGUUGAACUUGCCCCUGCGGUUCUGCUGUGGUCUGAACCGUUGCUGGUUGUCCCUUUUUACUUGGCCUUUGCAGUGACAGAAUUUGCCACUGUGCUGUCUCUGUGCAAAGCCUGCACGAGAAGCGUUUCUGUAAAAGGGUCUGCGAUGAUAAUCAGCUUGGUACGCUGGUCUGUUGUACCAAGUGGGCCUUGGAUUGGUCAGCCUUUGGUAGCUGGGAUACCUCUGCCAAGCCCAUGCACGACCAGUGUUCCACUGCCUGCGUGCAACUCGAUUCCUGGUGUUGCGGCUGGCAUGGGGUUGUUGUCUUGCAACGCUCACCCCUUGAGGCCCACAUCGUUGCACAGCUGCAGGAGGGCGCUGCCUUCUUUGAAACUGGGCGCGCUGUUCAUGUCUGUGAUUUGCCUUCCUAUCAGAGGAAUUUCUGUUGGGUGCCGAGUCAGAGUUUCUACCAUGGCUGAGAUGUGACAGUUGGUCAGCCAUUCUUCUGUUAAACGGAACGGCGCGGUAUGGUUUUUUACUUUUAGUCGAACCAUUGUCGAUGGCUCUUCUGUUGGUUCCGCUCAUGUCUUGGUCUCCGGAGGUGCAGCUACCUGGGUUGCUGCUCCGAGUUGUUCCAAUGGCAGGUUUUGCCUUGGAAACAUCGUCUUCCUCAUCCGGUGAGCCUGUGAUUUUUCGGAGGCUGGCAAGCAGUUCAUGUCUGCGAUAUUUACGCAGUGCCUGCAAAUCCAUGGAGGCGAUGGCUCUUCUCUUGGUUCCUCUCAUGUCUGGGUGUCUGGAGGUGCAGCUACCUGGGUUGCUGCUCCGAGUUGUUCCAAUGGCAGGUUUUGCCUUGGAAACAUUGUCUUUCUCGUCCAGUGAGCCUGUGAUUUUUCGGCGGCUGGCAAGCAGUUCAUGUCUGCGAUGUUUACGCAGUGCCUGCAAAUCCAUGGAGGCGAUGGCUCUUCUCUUGCUUCCUCUCAUGUCUGGGUGUCUGGAGGUGCAGCUACCUGGGUUGCUGCUCCGAGUUGUUCCAAUGGCAGGUUUUGCCUUGGAAACAUUGUCUUUCUCGUCCAGUGAGCCUGUGAUUUUUCGGCGGCUGGCAAGCAGUUCAUGUCUGCGAUAUUUACGCAGUGCCUGCAAAUCCAUGGAGGCGAUGGCUCUUCUCUUGCUUCCUCUCAUGUCUGGGUGUCUGGAGGUGCAGCUACCUGGGUUGCUGCUCCGAGUUGUUCCAAUGGCAGGUUUUGCCUUGGAAACAUUGUCUUUCUCGUCCAGUGAGCCUGUGAUUUUUCGGCGGCUGGCAAGCAGUUCAUGUCUGCGAUAUUUACGCAGUGCCUGCAAAUCCAUGGAGGCGAUGGCUCUUCUCUUGCUUCCUCUCAUGUCUGGGUGUCUGGAGGUGCAGCUACCUGGGUUGCUGCUCCGAGUUGUUCCAAUGGCAGGUUUUGCCUUGGAAACAUUGUCUUUCUCGUCCAGUGAGCCUGUGAUUUUUCGGCGGCUGGCAAGCAAUUCAUAUCUGCGAUGUUUACGCAGUGCCAACAAAUCCAUGGAUGCAAUAGCUCUCCUGUGUGACCCAUGUGCCGUACGUUUAACACCCUCAUCAAUCACUGACUCUGAGAUUCUGCGGUAGCGAGCCAACAGCUGGUAUCUCUGUUGCGUGCGCAGGACCCACAAAUCAGAAGAAUUCCUCUUUGGUUCCUUGGCUGUGGUGGCAUCUCUUGGUGCCUUGGAAAUAGAAAGAUUUCCAAGGCACAGGUUGUUGUAGCGGUGCAUUUUGUGUAGUGCACACAAACUCCGGUUCUUCUCUGCUAAAGUCCGGUGAGUGUUAAAAAUCGCAGCUAAUCACGAGAAAUCGUGGGUUGAACUGACUCUGUUACUGAGUUAUUGAGUUACACUUGUGGACUUUCUGUCACUUGUGGACUUUCUGUCAGUUGUGAUGACAUCACAGAGAUCAAAGACAUUCAAAAAAUGCACAUUCAAUGUGCAUUUUUUGAUGAUGAUGAACACACACACACACACACACACACACACACACACACACACACACACACACACACACACAGAGUUGAUCUGACAGCAGAGGAAAACAUAACCACAUUCUCAAUGUAUUUUAAAUGUUAAUUAUAAAAUUGUUUCAUUACUUGAUGACUUUAACCUGUCUUUAGUGUGUUAAUGUGUUUUUUGUGUGUUUUAAUGUGCUUAUGGUGUGUGCUAAUGUGUUUAUAGUGUGUGUUAAUGUGUUUUAAUGUGUUUAUUAUUAUAUUUCAUCAUUUGUUUGAAGGAGAACGGAUGAACAGCAGCCAUCUUUGCUUUCUUCUUGUGCUUCUCUUGUUGCAUCGGCUGUUGUUCUAGAAGAAGCUCUGCAGCUCCUCAGUUUACAGGAGAAUCAGCUAUAUUUUUGCACAAUUUUAUUUUUAUUUCAUAUGGAGAAUGCUCACAUUUAUGUGUUAAAAACAACAGUGGCUUCAACGUCUAACUAAUAGAAAUCCUAAGAUUAAAUGAACAUUUAGUUGUUAGGAUCAGAACUUUUCAAUUCAAUUCAGUUUUAUUUACAUCUCAUAGCUUCACAAAGACAGAAAGGACAAAAAGUGAGAAAAUAUCACAAGUGGAGCGAUAAAAGUACGGAAAAAGAAAGUAAAAGUAAAAGAAAGUAAAAGAAAAAAGAAAGUAAAACCCAAGGGAGCUUUGAAUCCUUUGGCACGAGGAUUGCGUCCAUUCAUUAUGUCAAACAGCCUGUCAAUCAUCUAUAAAGAAAUAUCGGCAUCUAAAUCACUGUCAUUACAGAGUUUCAUUAGGUAUCAGAUAGUUGAAAUCAACACUCAUCUAUUCAAAAUAUACAGAGAACAGAGUACUUAUUUCUAAACUGUAUGUACAAUGAGAUAAUAUGCAAGUAUUAGUAUUUGCUUGACUUCCUUAUUUCCAUAGGUCUGCUUUGUACUACAGUAAAUUUCAGAGCUUUACCACUCAAACAUCUGUGAAGGUAUGUGUAAGGUUAUGUACAACCUUUUGUGUUUAUGAUGAACAUGCAAUAUCAUUGUCAUGAUUCCUCCCUCUCCUACUCGGCAAUCAGCCUAAUCACCAGCGGCUGUGACAGAGCGCGGCUGCUCUCCAUCAGUAAUCAGGGCAGCAUAAAAGCCUGACUCACUUCACCACUCACCGCUGGAUUAUUGCACUCUGUACGCUGCACACUGGACUCUACAAACCGCAUGUCGCCACAUACACUUCGCUGUUUGGACUCUGUUUCAUGCUUCUCACCAUAUGCUCGCCACUACCUGGACUCCACUUCACUCAGUUAAAUUACCUUGCCGGCUCCGCUUUCUCCCCUCCGUCUGCGCUUGGACAAUCUGCUCCUCAGCCAUCGUUGCGCCCCUCAUCUCCGGCUCCCUCUGGUCCGUUCCCCCUGUUUUCCGGAUUCUCCAGUCAGUUCCCUUCCUUGGUUAGUUUAGAUUUGUGUUUAGUUUUUACCUCGGCCUUCGGGUCCGCCCUUACUUCAAUUCAGUUAGUUCUCCAUUCUGUUAUUUCCCCUUGCUUCCCAGAUUAAGAGUUUUCUGUUAUACAUACAUAUAUAUAUAUAUAUAUAUAUAUAUAUAUAUAUUGCUUUAUUAAAUCAUCAUUAAUUCACCCGUCUGUCUGAUUGCCUGCUGCAUGGGUUCACAACCGCCUAGAUCAUAACAAUCAUGGUUUAUGACAACAUUUUGAUGUUGAAUUUAGAAUCAGUCAGAAUUGUCAACAAAUUGUUCCUGAUGCUCAAAUCAAAUUUUAUUUAUUUGUUUUUUUAAAACAUGUACUUGGUUCUAUAAUCAUUAAUAGUAUUACCUCAAUGAAUUCUGCCGUUGCCUCACAGUCUUUAAACUGAGAGUACCCAAGAUCCCUCAUUGUGCGGAGAGCCACUGACACAGAGCGACUCAGUGUCUGCGCAGCCAGGGACAACCUCAUCUUGUGUUUCUCAAAGUAGACAUGUUUGUCUGUAAUUUUAUUGGCAGCGUGCAGUCCAUCCUUUUUUUGCGCAUCAUUGAGAUGAUUAACCCUCAAGCGACCAAGCUAUUUUAGCGACUAAAAUGACCGACUGGCGUCAUUUAUGACCCCACUAUAUUUGACACAGGAAGAUGUCAACUUUAUUGCCUCUUUUUGUGCUUUCUUACCUAUUCCACGCCACUGCAUUUUAAGAUGGAUAUUCUAAAAUAACCUUCUUUUAUUAUUCAUGGAUUUUAAUCAUUUUUGACUCAGAGCUAAAGUAAAACCAUAUGAACAAUAUGAUGCAUUGUAAGAACGCAAUAACAUUUAUUUAGACACGCUUUGUCUGCCGCCACUUCUUUUAAAACUUUAUUCCUUUUGUUUCCUCAAUAGUAAAUCAAAAGUACAUAAAAACAAAAUCUACACAAACAUCUUGUCUGUAUGUGUGCAAUGUAACAUGCAGAGAGGUAUUUAGAUUAGGGGCGGCUACGGCUCAGGUGGCAGAGCCCUUCGUCCAAUGCAAGACACUUUACCCACCUUACCUCCAGUGCUGCCACUUACACUGGUGUAUGAAUGUGUAUGCUGUGUAAUGUUGGUGGUGGUCAGAGGGGUUGUAGGAGUGGAUUGGCAGCCAGUCAGUCUGGCCCAGGGCAGCUGUGGCUAAAAAUGUAGGUCUACCAGCUAUAGUGCACUGCAAAACACUGAAAUAUAGCGAUUAGAGGUAAAAAUAAAUAAAUAAAACUAAGGCCUACAAUAGUGAAAAACCUAUACACGAAACCAUAGAUUAAUUUACGUGACAGUUUCACGAAUCCUUGUGAGACCGGGUUGUAUAUGAAUAUUUUAGGUUGAUGAAAAGCGGACCGACGUGGCGGAUGUGGUAAAAAAAAUCAUUUCGAAGCCUUGUCUGGAUUAAAAAAAGAAAAGUGGAAGAUCAAAUAAAUAAUAAAAACUGAGGUUUCACAUCAGUAUUUCACUUGUGCUGUUUUAUUUGUAUGGUUGUUUGAAUAUGUUAGAAUAUUAACAUGACUUAUCUUCUAUAAUUAGGGGCUCGGGCAUGGAACAUGCCAGAGCACCUAUUGCUCUCCCGCCGGGUUUUGUUUCUUAUUAUUCCGCUUCUUCCGCCUAAAACUUUGGCUCGCUACUCCUCCCAGGGCUUUGAGAAAUCACACACAAAUUAUAUAUCAGCUUGUGUGGUUUUAUCGGGAAUCGAUGGCUAUGGUUUUUCUAAGACAUUCAUUCAUAUUUGCUAGACUUAUGAGCAAAAAACUGCAUUAAUUUUACACAUAGACAAUGAAUGGGAGGACUGAAUCACUCAGACGUAAGAGUCACCUGUUUUCACAACGCCACUGCUUCGCCAUACUUUCACCUACAAGCGUCAUUUAACCAUCAAAACGCAGUGAUUUCUCUUGUCUACGAAGGGAUGUAUUUUAUGUCAUGCUGACAUUUACAGUUUUUGCUCAGUGAGUCCUCAAAAAAGUGAAAAUUCUCAAAAUCUGCUCUCUUUAGAGUGGGUCAUGUGACGAGGCAGAGUGAAGGACAAGUGAAAAAUCCGCCUGAAACUUUCACGAUUGAAUCGCUCUCACGACCAAACGACAAGUAUUAGGAGAAUGAAAUUUGGUCAGAUUGUAGACAAUCGACCUGGGAUUCAAAUGAAUCCAAGUUUGAAGACCGAGCUCUUUCUGAAGUGAAAUGACAGGUAGCGGUUUACAGCAAAGUCGCACCCUUCUCUCCAUAGGCACCAAUGUCAACUGAAUCAUCUGGCUCAUGGAGGGACAGUGUGUUUUUAAAUCGCUGGCGCUCGGUCAUUUCUCACCAUAUCUGGAAAAUAAUCACAUUUCUGGUUAGCCACAGCCUUCCUCUCGCUCACGGUCACUUUACUUUUCAGCUAGGAUUAACGGUUAGCCCGUAAGGACCGGCAGAACGCGACGUUGCGCUCCCGUUCAGAAACACUGCUGUCAGGAGCAUGUCUGCCCCUUAAGAAGGCGGCGUAAUAGACAAUGAAUGGGAUUACUGAAUCACUCAGACGUAAGAGUCACCUGUUUUCACAGCGCCACUGCUUCGCCAUACUUUCACCUAGAAACUUCAUUUGACCAUCAAAACGCAGUGAUUUCUCUUGUCUACGCAGGGAUGUAUUUUAUGUCAUGCUGACAUUUACAGUUUUUGCUCAGUGACUCCUCAAAAAAGUGAAAAUUCUCAGAAUCUGCUCUCUUCAUGUGACGAGGCAGAGUGGAGAGGUGAAAAAUCCGCCUCAAACUUUCACGAUAGAAUCGCUCUCACGACCAAAUGACAAGUAUUAGGAGAAUGACAUUUGGUCAGAUUGUAAACAAUUUUCCUGGGGUUCAAUUUAAUCCAAGUUUGAAGACCUAGCUCUUUCUGAAGUGAAAUGACAGGCAGCAGUUUACAGCAAAAUUGCACCCUUCUCUCCAUAGGCACCAAUGUCAACUGAAUCAUCUGGCUCAUGGAGGGACAGUGUGUUUUU